AUGGCUCCAACGAAAAACAAGAAGCAGAGCAAUAAUGCUGCUGAAUCUAGUUAUAAAAGUGUAGUUACUGAAAAGAAAACUCCCAAGGCACUGAAGGCUAAACGUAAACUUGUGAAAAAGUUCUCUCACUUAAACUCUGAGCAGAGCAAUAAUGCUGUUGAAUCUAGUUCUAAAAGUGUAGUUGCUGAAGAGAAAACUCCCAAGGCACUGAAUGCUGAACGUAAACUUGUGAAAAAGUUCUCUCACUUAAACUCUGAGCAGAGCAAUAAUGCUGCUGAAUCUAGUUCUAAAAGUGUAGUUGCUGAAGAGAAAACACCCAAGGCACUGAAGGCUAAACGUAAACUUGUGAAAAAGUUCUCUCACUUAGACUCUGCACAAACUGAAGAAGCUGAGAUCAGUCCGCAAGUGCAAGCCAGAAAGAAAGACAAGAAGGCAAAAUAUGGCAAUGAAGGAAAUCAUGCCGGUGGAAAAGAUGUGAAGGCUAAACGUAAACUUGUAAAAAAGUUCUCCCACUUAAACUCUGCACAAACCAAAGAAGCUGAGAUCAGGCCACAAGUGCAAGCCAGAAACAAAGAUCAGAAGGCAAAAGAUGGCAACGAAGGAAAUCAUGUUGGUGGAAAAGAUGCUAAUGGGUCUCAGAAUAAGAAUCCGGGGAACAAAGAAAUGGAAAAUAUAAGUGGAAGAUGUGGAGAGGUGAAUAAGGAUGAAAAAAUUAAGAGCAGCCUUGGUUUAAAUGGAGGAAGCGAAGAGGUGAACAAUAAGGAUGCAAAAACAUUAAAUAGUCUUGGUGGAAUGAUUUUCAUGUGCAAUGCAAAAACCAAAGCAGAUUGUUUCAGAUAUCGUGUGAUGGGUGUUCAAGCAAGCAAGACGUUGUGA